UCUGCAGCUGGCUCUCUUUAGUGGAGCCAAUGAGAUGAUCAUACUGAUACAUCGGUUUUACCGAACAGGUUCUUACGUUUGGGGCCUCUUCCUGGUCUCGAUUGCUGUAUGGCCUACCUUGUAGCAGUGACUGCGGAUGGUGGUCUGCCUCUGUUUGUACGAGCUAGAGACGGAUCCGAUUCGCUUCCAUUUUCGGUUAUUGCGUCUCUCAACGGCGUUCAUAUGUAUGCAGAAGACAGAGGAGCCACGCUGAAAAGCACAACUGCUGGAGGAAAGAGAGUUGUGUGGAGAACGUUUCAUGAUAGUUUGACGUUGAUUAUGAUCGAUGUGGAUGAGACUACCGGAACUGAGCAUCACAUGUUUAAUCUUCUAGAUCUGUGCUUCAGUGCUUUGGUUUUAUACUUGGGAAUAGGAAAGCUGAGUGACAUCAGAAAUACCGACCGUCUAAAGAAAGAAAUGAAGUGUGCUUAUGCUUUGUUGGACGGACUAUGCAACUUUCACCAGUCUCUCGCACUCAAUGGUCAUGUGACAGGCUUAUCUGAUGUCAUUGUAGGGCCUAAUACUACAAUACUGCAAACAUAUUUGGAUGGUUUUGCUGACAGAUUGGAUACGAACUACGGCUGUGUGCUUAUUGGUGGCAAAGUGUGUGCAGCUACAGAAAAGUGGUGGCAGUUGUCAUGUAAGGAGGCUGUGUUGCUGAGUUGUCUUGUCAACUCUCACCAAUUCGAGUCAACAGUUGACAUUCCUGUGUUUCUCCCUGUUGCAAGCCCCAAGUUGUCUCAUCGAUUGCUGGUAUUUAGAUUUAAAGAGGAUGUAUUUAUAUGUGCUCUGUGUGGCCCAGAACAUGAUUUGCAGCAAGUUGAAAACGAGAUAAUUCCACAAUAUUGGAACCCUGCAUCUGACUGUCUUGACUUUAUUCUUCAGGAUAAAGACCGGGGACUGCCUGAUACAGUUCAACUAGAUGCAGGGAUAUUAGCGUUCAUAUAUUUAUGCUUCGACUUGAACAGAAGUUUGUCAUCCUUUCAAAUAGACAGUAAAACUGAUCCAAGACUACCACUUGAGAGAAGACAAAGAGUGCUCUUGCAGUACUAUUUAACGACCCAACGUGAAUUGAUAUCCAAAGAGGGUGUCACUGGCAACUUUGCUCUGGUGCAUCCUGUUUGUGAGAGUUACUUGUGUGCUGAUGAUUACAAAUCCUAUUGUCUACUUGCUGGAAAACGUCAACUGUUCCUACUUUAUUCUCACACAGUACCUACAUUUGCAUUGCGUGAUGUCGCUCACCAAACAAUACAGAUUCUAGAUAAAGCUGUUGCAUGACACUGCUAUAUUGUCAUAUUGUCUCAUAGUGGUGACAUUGAUAAGACUGACAGUGCUAUUUGACAAUACACUCAAACUU